AGGAACAUGGCGCCUCUGAGGAGAGGUGGUGCCUGACAGUUUGGACUAUUGAUAAAAUAUUACGUGUGAAUAAACGUAGAGCACUGCCGGCAAAGCGUAUUUAUCUAAAUAUUAUUGUUCUAGAAAGGUAAUAGACAUUUUCUAUUUUUCAUGGAUAAUGAAACGGCAUUGUUUGAGGCAUUGAUAGCUCAUGUUAGCUUGUCGUUGCUAUUGACGCUAGCCAACGCGUUUAGUCAUAAUACAAUGUUUGCGGUGCGGGCAUUUUCAUUUAGCCUGUAGAUAUAGCUAUAUAUUUAACUUAUUAUCAAUGAAAUUUACAUUUUAUUUCGUUUAUUAGUAUUUAGUUAUAAUUUGACGAUUUUGGAUUCUCAUUAGCUAGUUAGCUAGCUGAGCUAAAAAGGAUGGGGAACCGUCAUGGAUUUGUGUUGUUGCUGGCGACUGGAAUUUUUCUGUCGGCGUUAUUUCUGGCCGAAGGUGCUCCGCUUCCGUAUUCUGACACAACAGGGGAGACUGCAGGUGGCCAGCCAUCUGUCUCUCUACACCUCUCUGUGGUUGUGUCACUGAGUGCCCUGCUUGUCCUGGUGGCCCUGCUGGUGAACUGUGUGACCUGCUGCAAGGAGCGGGAAGUCAAUUUCAAGGAGUUUGAGGACAAUUUUGAGGAUGAGAUUGACUUCACCCCUCCAGCUGAAGACACCCCCUCCAUGCAGUCCCCUGCUGAGGUGUACACCCUGGCAGUGCCCCCUGUGGCCCUGCCCGGACCCCCCCAUCUGGAGUUGUUGGCCACCGCAGUGGGAUCCACUGGCCCUCAGGUGGUCCGUCACAGUCUCAGCUACAUCCAGGAGAUUGGGAACGGCUGGUUUGGCAAGGUCCUCCUCAGUGAGAUCUACACAGACCCAGGUGGGGCCAAGGCGGUGGUCAAGGAGCUGAAGGCUAACGCAAGUGCCAUGGAGCAGAAUGACUUCUUGCAGCACGGAGACCCUUACAGAGUUCUGGUGCACCCUAACAUCCUGCAGUGUUUGGGCCAGUGUGUGGAGGCUAUCCCCUUCUUGCUGGUCUUUGAGUACUGCGAGCUGGGGGACCUCCGGAGCUACCUGUCUCAGCAGGAUUGGAUGUUCCGAAAUGCUGAGCUGCUGCAGCUGCAGAAGAUGGCCUGUGAAAUCGCUGCUGGCGUCACCCACCUCCACAAACACAACUUCCUGCACAGUGACUUAGCCCUGAGGAACUGCUAUCUGACUGCAGACCUGACGGUCAAAGUGGGAGACUAUGGCAUCGGCCCCUACAGAUACAAGGAGGAUUACAUCAUCACAGAGGACGACGAGUCAGCGCCCCUGCGCUGGAUGGCCCCGGAGCUGGUGGGGGAGCGCCAUGGGGGCGUGAUCACUCUGGACCAGACCAAGCCUGGCAAUGUGUGGGCCUUGGGGGUGACUCUGUGGGAGCUGUUUGAGAAUGCAGCCCAGCCCUACCCUCACCUGUCUGACCGUGAGGUCCUGAACCACGUCAUCAGGGAACAGCAGAUCAAACUGUUGAAACCACAGCUGGAGCUGCCCUACUCUGACAGAUGGUAUGAGGUGCUCCAGUUCUGCUGGCUGACUCCAGACAAGCGGGCCACGGCCGAGGAGAUCCACCGGCUGCUCACCUACCUGCGUAUGCAGGGCCAGAAGGAUGUGGAGGGCGACUUCCAGCAGCGCUGGGACUCUCUCAAGCCCAACCCUAUCACACGCCAGACCACCGUCAGCCACUCCUCCUACCCCAUUCUGGAGCAGUUCGCAGAUGACGCCCUGCGGGCCGAGGUGGACGAGGUGCUCACCGUCACUGAGACCAGCCGUGGCCUGAGCUUCGAGUACGUGUGGGAAGCAGCCAAGCACGACCAUUACGACAGCAGCAGUGGCCAUGGACGCUCGGCCAUGGACACCACGCUCAACUAUCACAGCAUGUUCUUCCCCGUGCCCAGCGAGGACAUUCAGGCCCACUUUCCAGACCCCGCAGCCCCCAGGACGGGGGGCUCCGACAGCAGGAACACCCAUUCGGCAAUCCCCGGGAUCCUUCCCGUGUUUGACGCUCACAAACCAGCCAAUGGAAAUGAGUACUACAUCCAGUUGGAGGAGCAGGGGGAGAGCACCGUGGAGGAGAACAGGGGUCCGGAGGUAGACACACUUUCAGACAGGCAGAAAUUUGUCACCCUCCAAGACGUCCGCUUGGAUGAGUCCAGCACCGAUGCAGACUUCUUCCACCACAGCAUAGACUCUAAGGACUCGUACCUCCAGGACAGCCACAUCUGGUCGUCCAGUGAGCAUGACAGCCCCUUCCACACCAACAUCUUCAGCGAAGGAGACUCCAGACAGGAUUCCCAUUCCUGGAACAGGGGCUUCAUGGAGCUUCCAGAACUCAACGGAAAUGGUUUCCAGAGAGGGGAGUCUGUAGAGGGGCAGGCCCAGGGAACAGAAAAGUGCUUUCGGAAUUCUUUUUUAGGGGAGCGCCAUUCAGAGUUCAUCCUCCAGGACUCUUUAGAGGAGGCAGAGGGGGAGGGAACCCCGGAUGUGAUGAGGCUACUGAACACUGAGAAACUAGCGGACAACUUCAUGUUCCUCAAAGAGAAGAGCCUGAUGAAGGAGGGCUCUGGUUUAUCAGGGAAAAGUAGUGGGAGUCAACAACUGGACCUCCUCCAACCUGGUCUGACCCACAUCCCCGAGCACAGUUUCAGAAUGAACUCUUGGGAUGAUGAUGAUGAGACCAUAGAUGGCAUAAACGUAGCAGAGAUCCCCAUAAAACCUGUGGAGAGCAACAUGUCCCCAGCAGAGGAGGAACUUUUUGACUUUAUGAGUCCCAGUUUUGUGGAUUUCCUGCAACCUCUAGCAGACCCUAAAACACGGGUGCCUUCAAAUACACUGGUAACAGAGGACAUCUGUAGCAACCAGCUGCCAAUUAGAGAACUGCGGCAGCAGUCCUCUAAUAUGAUGGACUCUGCUUUUGACUCUACCUCUGAGAGGGCUGAGGACCCUGUUAUUAGUUCAGCAAAUAUCCACCAGUCUCCCACACUCCUCUCUGAAAGUGCCACUACAGACCCCCUGUGCAUGGAUGCCAAAAACCCCAGCCUUGAAGACCGCCUCAGAGCCUCAGAGGAUGACUGUGUUGAAUCCAUAGGAAUCAAAGAGCCAACAGACGACCCACUAAGCUCUCCCCCAGUCUAUGUCAGUGAGAUUGCUGUUGACAAUGGCCUGACCAGUGAAGGCUUUACCAGUGAUGAUCUGCUGAGCGACCUGGUUGAAGAUGAUACAGAGGCCGAAAUGGACACCGUCCUCUCUGAGCAUGAACAUGACAACGAGCACGACAGGUCCUCUCUGCUGGUCUCUGGUCCUUCCAUGGACCAGAUCAGCCAGGACAGCCUACUGGAGGACAGUGUUUCCACCACUCUGCCCACUGUGGAGAACUCAGCCGAGACACCAGACUCCCUGGACAACAGCCACAUGCUGGAGGAGUCUGUCGAAGAGCUAAACACCCCGGCAGCCCCUCACAAGCUCCAGCCCCCAUACAAAACAGCCGACAGCGGCUACGAGACAGAGAACCUGGAGUCUCCAGAGUGGAACUCUCAGCCCAUCAUCAAAGACCACUUCUCAGAGGAAAACUGUCUGAGUUUGGCCGAGGAAGACGAGGAGCCAGCAGCGGCUACCAUGCUGGUUCCCCCUGAAAUCAUCGUCUCGGAGGUGGAGACUCAGGACGGUGAGGACCAGCAGGCAGAGUCCAUCGCCCCUGGCGAGGAAUCUUUCAUGGGGGGCAACUACAGAGACUCUGCUUACUUCUCUGACAACGAGUCCGAGCCCGAGAAGAAGUUAGAAGAAGUCAUCUCGCCAACUGUGGACAUCAGUGGCCGUGUUUCUGGAGGUCCAUCUGUUCUUCCUGAAGUCACAGAGGAGGAGCAUGUAGAGUCUUCUGCUGGGUCACAGUCUCCCAUUGCUCGAGAAGCUCUGGUUGAUAUCGGAGUGGAGAAGACCGAGCCUCAGCCCCUGGAAGGGACCAGUCUCCCUGUGCUGAUCCUCACCACAGAGGAGGACUGGGAGAAGACUUCACCUGUGUCCAUUGACGGCAGUGUGGACGAAACCGGGACACUGGAGUUCUUCCCUGACUUCAGGACUCACAGUCACUCAGAGUCCAGCGGAACUUCCACCGAGGACCUGGAAAAGCCUCCAUUGCCUGCUGUUGCUACCCCAGCAAAACCUUUUCCUGAGAACAUACCGGUACACGCUAAGCUAACCAGGACCUACGCCAGCGAGAUCACCCCCAAGUUGAAGGAGCCCGACAUGGAGGGGAGGUACCUGGGCAGGCGGGACGGCUCUGAUCGGCAGGAGGACGGAGGGGAGGCAGACGAAGAGGACGAUAACAGCGACGACUCAGAUGAUGACAUGCGGGCGUACCGGCUGCACAGCUCCAGCGAGGACAGCGAGGACGACACGGUGCACCCGGUUCCCAUUAUAGUCUCAGAUGACAGUAGAGUGCGGAACCUCAAGAGCCUGCUGAAGGUCACCCCCAGUGCCAAACCCUCCAUGCCAUCAGGGGGCAGUGAUUCAGACAGUGCCAGUAGAGCUGUGUCGUUCUUCGACGAUGUCACUGUUUUCCUUUUCGACCAGGAGACCCCCACCAAGGAGCUGGGAGACCAUUCGUCAGGUUCCAACAGCCAGGUGUCAGAGUUCAGCAGCCCUGUGCCCACGGCCAGCUACCUGAAUAGGUUCACCAACUCCACAGAGAGCUCCACAGAUGAAGAAGGCGGUGGGUUUGAAUGGGAUGACGACUUCUCGUCCCCGGAGCCCUCGGUGUUCCUCUCCAAGGCAGCUUCGGACCUGGCCGUGUCUAAGACAGUGUCCCCUUCGUCUACAGCCUCGCACUACUUUUCCCCUCCCCCUCCCGGGGGCUGCACCCCGGAGCCCAGCUGGAGCAGCUCCAACUACUCCCGCUUCUCCAUCUCCCCGGCCAGCAUCGCCAGCUUCUCCCUUACACACCUCACUGACUCAGACACCGAACAAGGAGGAAGCAGUGAAGAAGGAGAUAAAGACUAAGGUGCAUGUGGAAGGGACCGUUUCCCCCCACAACGUCAGGUGAAUGUAGGAGAGCUCAACAUGCAGGCUAAAGACGGACGGAUGAUGACACUGUUAUGAAGGCCGUGGAUGCUUCUCUUCUCAGGCAGAACUACCCCCCGCCCCAAGAGGUGGCCAUGAAGAGAACUUGAAACAGACUGAGCCAGAGGCUCCAACAGCCAACAACGCCCUCAACAAAAUCCCCUUCCUUCCACCAAAAGCCUCUUGGCCUUG